AUGGACCCAGCGCAGCUCGCCAACGCCGUCACCGAGCGGGUGACGAUCCCCGUGCUCGGCGGCAUCGAGAACUGGAAAGAGCAGCUCAAGUUCAUGCUGCAGGCUCUCAGCAGGCAGCCUGGGUAUCUCCGGACGCGCUGGGGUCCGUGGAGCGAAGACCAUCAGAAGCUGGAGGUCAUGACCGGCUGGACCACUGCGGAAGCGCACGACGAGUGGAAGAAGUCUGCAGACUACGCCGAGGCCAUGGCCCGCUUCGCGCCCGUGCUGGACGGGGAACCCUUGAGCUGCCUGUUGCAGUUCAGGCCCUACGCGCCGCAGGCCGUCAUCAACUCCCCCAUCGUCGAGACGCUGAGCUUCGAGAAUUGCGGCGAGCCCGACGACAGGAUGCGGGAGGUGGUCGAGAGGGCGGCGCGGAUGCCGGGCUGCAACGGCGUGGCGAGCGGGUCCUCGCUGCGCCGGCCGGGCUCCGGAAGCGGCGGCGGUGGUGGAGAGGAUGCCGGCGUAGAUGGUACCGGUACAGGCACCGGCACCGGCACCGGCACCGACAGGAGGACGUUCGUCGCGGCCAUCGGGUGGACGGGCCUCGAGGCCAGUCGGCGGGCGGACAAGACGGCGUACACGGGCGGCAUGAAGCCCGAGAGCCACCACGUCGACUUUAAUUUUCCUGUCAAAGGGUUUGGAGGAUUAUAG